GGAGGUUCCAACAUGGCGACGACAGCAACGACGUGGCCAACGCUGGCCUGGGACGACGUCCAAGCCGACCUGGACGCAAUUCUGGCGACCAAGACGACAACGGCGCAGGAUGCGCCGCUAGCGGCAGAUGUCGAGGAUGUCAAUGCCGAUUCUUGCGACGAUGAGCAGGCCAAGAUUCGGGCGCUGGCGACCGAGAUCUUCCUCGUCCAUGCCAGCCUCACGACCGCCCGCGAGCGCAUGCGCUGCAACGCGUCGCUCGUGCGCGUGAUCCAGACGUACUUGAUGGCGGCCAAGAUGGAUCCCGCCGACGCGGGCACCAAAGCCGUCGCUCUGCAAUGGCUCGCAUCCAAUGCCCCCGACUGGGCAAUCCCAACGUCACACCUCGACGAGUCGGCGCUUCUCGACUGCAUCCGCGACGACAUCCUCCACGCCAGCACCAAGGACGACUUUUUAAAGCAUUUCGAGUCGGCGACGCACGAAGCCAUUUCCUUCCCGGCGCCUGCGCCUGCAACGCCAUCGCCUCCACCUUCGUCGCUGCUCGGUCCGAUCCCAGAGGUGACGGCAAUCGAAGCGUACCAAGACGCCAAGGACAUUCAGCGCGACCAAAUACAAGUCAACGGUAUCGUGUACCCUGGCAUCGUCGGCUACGACAGCCUUGUCGCCGCGCUCACGACCGUCAUUGCCAACGUCCAUUCGGUCUUCCGCGACGAAGAUGACAAGCGACCGCAGUAUGAAGCCAUGGCCAAACGCGUGCUCCACACAAUCAACCGGACCGAGUCGGGCGGCUCGUCCUACGAAGUGCUGAGUCAGUUGAUGCCCCCCAUUGCGCUGCUCCGCCCCAACUCCAAGGAUGCCAACGCCCUCGUUCUCAACAUUGACGUCGGCCCGUACGAAGCAAGCGCGCAUGUAUGGUGCUUGGGGCUACGCGUCCGCCUCACGACGUCGACCGCCUACGUCAUCUGCGACGCCGACGACCCGACCGACGAGUGGUGUGCGAUCGACGUGGUCUACUGCAACCGGCUCGCGUUUGCAUUUGGCGACAGCCCGUACACGUCCACCUCGAUGGGCGCGCGCGUGGACCGGGCGCGCAUCUCGUUCGCGGUCAUAAGUUAGAAUUUACCGUACACCAAGGUGUCUAAUCGCUGCACGUGCACAGCGAGGUCGCG